CUCCAGAUUCGGCGGGUGUGACCCUGGCGCGCCAAGGCCGGACUGAGCUAAGUGGGAGAGCUAAGUCACCUUCGUAAUCCACAGCUGCCUUUCAGACAGCUCGCGUCAACACCACAUCAACAUCACCUCUCUACCGGCGACGUCUCCCCGAUAGUCUCCACACCUCCUCGCUUGCCCAAACAUCACUCACAUCUUGAUAUCGCCUCACAAACAAAUCACCCCACACCGCCACCAUGUCCACACUGGAGGAUCUUGACGACCUCGAGCGCCACGAGAAGGAGGAGAAGGAGGAGAAGAAGGAAGAGAAGAAGGACGGCGAUGCCGGAAAGGACGGAAAGAAGGCGGAUGGCGAUGCAGACAUGGAGGAUGCUGAACCGGAGGAGGAGCUGGACGAGGAGAUCCUCAACUCAAGCACACGAGACAUUGUCGCACGGAGGCGGUUACUGGAGAACGACAUGCGCAUCAUGAAGAGCGAGUUCCAGCGACUGACGCACGAGAAAGCCUCUAUGAACGAGAAGAUCAAGGACAACCUUGAGAAGAUCGAGAACAACAGGCAACUUCCAUACCUCGUCGGCAACGUCGUCGAAAUACUAGAUCUGGACGUCUCGGAAGAAGCAGCGGAAGAGGGCGCAAACAUCGACCUGGACGCCACCCGAGUGGGCAAGUCGGCAGUCAUCAAGACGUCCACGAGACAGACCAUCUUCCUGCCUCUCAUCGGCCUGGUAGACCACGAGAAACUCAAGCCUGGUGACCUCAUCGGAGUGAAUAAGGAUUCAUAUCUCGUGCUCGACACACUGCCCGCAGAGUACGAUAGCCGAGUGAAGGCCAUGGAGGUCGACGAGAAGCCGACGGAGAAGUACACUGAUGUCGGAGGCUUGGACAAACAGAUUGAGGAGCUCGUCGAGGCUAUCGUUUGGCCUAUGAAGGAAUCCGAGCGGUUCAAGAAGAUUGGCAUCAAGGCACCGAAGGGUGCACUGAUGUACGGUCCUCCAGGUACCGGCAAGACCCUCCUGGCGCGAGCUUGCGCUGCACAGACCGAUGCUACCUUCCUCAAGCUUGCUGGGCCACAACUCGUACAGAUGUUCAUUGGUGAUGGUGCGAAGCUCGUCCGAGACUGCUUCGCCUUGGCAAAGGAGAAGGCCCCAUCGAUCAUCUUCAUCGACGAACUCGACGCGAUCGGAACCAAGCGAUUCGAUUCGGAGAAGUCCGGUGACAGAGAAGUGCAGCGAACCAUGUUGGAGCUUCUCAACCAGCUUGACGGGUUUGCUUCAGAUGACCGCGUCAAGGUUCUUGCUGCAACCAACCGAGUCGAUGUUCUGGAUCCUGCUCUGCUUCGAUCCGGUCGUCUGGACAGGAAGAUCGAGUUUCCCCUACCAAAUGAGGAAGCUCGUGCGCAGAUCAUGCGUAUCCACUCUCGGAAAAUGACAGUGGAUGAAGGUGUCAACUGGCAGGAACUGGCGCGUAGCACUGACGAGUUUGGUGGUGCGCAACUCAAGGCUGUGUGUGUUGAGGCUGGUAUGAUUGCUCUCCGGACAGGCCAGCACAAGAUCAGCCAUGAGCACUACGUCGAUGCCAUUUCUGAAGUACAGGCGAAGAAGAAGGAUACGGUCAACUUCUACGCUUAGAGCGUAGUCAAAUCGAGUUGGAUCGGUCCGUUGCAUGUGUGUGUUAUCACGUCGCUCUUGUAAUGAUAAAUAGAGCUCUAGCACGACAGACAAGAUUCACGACCAUCAGCUUUGCUCUGUUUUUCUCAGCGUGAUUUCAAGCUUUUCCAGACUGAUAGGACUUCUUGCCAUUUGAUCAACACCCGCAAGCAGUUUGUUUUAUGUCGUAGGUACAAAUUCUAACCAU